ACCUCAACACAUAUAAAUAUGGCUCACAGGGAGGCUGCCUGUCAGAAUAAUAGACACAAGCGAUCAGAGACAUAUCUGAAGAGAGACGAACCACCGUAGUUCACGACUUUCAUUCGCCGACUGCAGCGAUUUUUCUACUGUGUGCAACAACAACAACUGUAAGUUUAAUACAGCGACAGAAAAGAUGCCAGCAGGUACGAAAUCUACAGCGAUUGGCAUAGAUCUGGGAACGACAUAUUCCUGUGUUGGAGUGUUCCAGCAUGGGAAAGUCGAAAUCAUCGCCAAUGAACAGGGAAACCGAACAACACCCAGCUAUGUGGCAUUCACAGACAGUGAGAGACUGAUUGGCGAUGCGGCCAAAAAUCAGGUGGCUCUCAACCCCAAAAACACUGUGUUUGACGCCAAGCGGUUAAUUGGCCGAGAUUUCAACGAUCCAUUGGUACAGGCUGACAAAAAACACUGGCCUUUCACUGUGGUGAACCAUAACGGCAAGCCACGGGUCCAGGUCGAGUACAAGGGAGAAGAAAAGACAUUUGCACCUGAGGAAAUCAGUUCCAUGGUUCUCACCAAAAUGAAGGAGACAGCUGAAGCUUACCUGGGGCAGAAAGUCAAGGAUGCAGUGAUAACGGUUCCUGCCUACUUCAAUGACUCACAGAGACAGGCCACCAAAGAUGCUGGAGCAAUUGCUGGCCUAAAUGUUCUCAGGAUUAUCAAUGAGCCUACAGCUGCUGCUCUGGCUUACGGACUGGACAAAAACCUUAAAGGUGAGAAAAAUGUGCUCAUCUUUGACUUGGGAGGUGGCACAUUUGAUGUGUCUAUCCUCACAAUAGAUGAAGGAUCCAUGUUUGAAGUUCGCUCCACUGCAGGAGACACUCACCUGGGUGGAGAAGAUUUUGAUAACAGGCUCGUCAACCAUUUCGUUCAAGAGUUCAAGAGAAAACACCACAAAGAUAUCAGUGGAAAUAAACGUGCCAUUCGUCGCCUCCGCACAGCCUGUGAGCGAGCCAAGAGAACGCUGUCCAGCAGUUCUGAUGCCAACAUUGAGAUCGAUGCUCUGUUUGAGGGCAUUGACUUCUACACCAAAGUCACACGGGCAAGGUUUGAGGACUUGUGUUCAGAUCUCUUCAGGGGGACCCUGGAACCUGUGGAGAAGGCCUUGAGAGAUGCUAAGAUGGACAAGUCCAAGAUCCAUGAAAUUGUCUUAGUCGGAGGCUCUACCAGAAUUCCUAAAAUCCAGAAACUAUUACACGACUUUAUGAAUGGGAAAGAACUGAACAAGUCGAUCAACCCUGACGAGGCUGUGGCCUAUGGUGCUGCAGUUCAGGCUGCCAUCUUGACUGGAGAGCAGAGCGAGGUGAUUAAGGAUGUCCUACUGGUGGAUGUGGCUCCCCUCUCUUUGGGAAUUGAGACAGCUGGAGGUGUGAUGACCAACUUGAUUGACAGGAAUACAAGAAUCCCAAUGAAAACCUCCAAAACCUUCACCACGUAUGCUGAUAACCAGCCAGGUGUUACAAUCCAGGUGUAUGAGGGGGAGAGAGCGAUGACCAAGGACAACAACAAACUGGGCACAUUUGAACUGAAUGGCAUCCCACCUGCACCAAGAGGUGUGCCCCAGAUCGAGGUGACAUUUGACAUUGACGCAAAUGGAAUCCUGAAUGUAUCAGCAGAGGAUAAGAGCACAGGGAAAAACAGCAAAAUCACCAUCACAAAUGACAAGGGUAGACUGAGUAAAGCUGACAUUGAGAGAAUGUUGGCUGAGGCAGAGAAAUACAAAGAUGAUGAUGCUCAGCAUAGAGAACGUGUGGCAGCCAGAAAUAAACUGGAGGGCUACAUCUUCAGUAUUAAACAGGUGGUCAAUGAGCAGGGCAGCAAACUGCCAGAGAAUGACAAAAACACUGUGGUGACCACAUGUGACGAAGCACUCAGGUGGAUGGACAGUAAUUCACUGGCUGAGAAGGAUGAAUUAGAUCACAAGCUGAAGGAGGUGCAGGAUGUUUGCUCCCCAAUCAUGUCAAAGUUACAUGGCAACUCACAAUCAGGGGACAGCAGUGGUACUUCAGGACAAGGCCCCACUGUAGAGGAGGUAGACUAAUCAUGUAAUGGAACUGUCUUUAAAAUGUUAAUGAACUGGAUAUUCUUUUGAAGGAUGCAAUUUGCUCACGAUACUGAUUUUUUGCUUGUAUCAUCAGAGUAAUAAUUGUUGAACAUCUGUGUUUCAUGUUGCUAUACUUAAAUUAUAAUAUGUGAGAGUUGAGUUUAGCAUUUUGUUCACUUAUAUUGUCAACUAGCACAUUAUAAUAAAUUUUAUACAAAUUUAAUUAAA